AUGAGGUACGAGUUGAAAGGGAAAAAGAAUAUCCUGCAAUACUGCAAUGAAGAAGAAGAAGAAGAAAAUCCUUUUGCAAUUCUUUAUGAAAAUGUCAUCUUUGGCUUUGAAGAAAUUUUUACACACUACAAGAUGAAAGAGAAGAACCUCCUCAAAUACCACAAGCAAAAACAAAAUCCCCUCCCGAAUUUUCCUGAACUUGUCAUCUAUAACAUUAUAAUGAAGAUUCCAGCUGAAUAUCUUCAAAAGUAUAGGUGUGUAUGCAAAUUAUGGCAUGAAAUAAUCUCUAGCAAAAAGUUCAUUGCCCAGAAUUUCAUUCACAGUAUUACCGAAUUGCUGAUAGUAGUCAAGACAUACCCGCAUCUGAAAGCAAUAUCGUUGAGAAUGGAUGAAAAAGAGCUUGACUUCAAGUUAGAGAAACUUGAUUUUGCUGGAAUGAGAAUGGGAUGUAUUAGGUCUAGUUGCAAUGGCUUGGUUCUAAUUCAUGAUCCAAAAAUUGAAGGGAAGCUAAAUGUCAUCAAUUUUCUUACCAAGUGCAUGGUUAAACUCCCUCGAUGCCCUACCGGUUGCCCACAUAAAAAAUGUGGAGUGGCACUGGGAUUUAGCCCUUCUACCAAAGAGUACAAAGUGGUGCACAUGUAUGCUGAUGGUUUUGGAUAUGAGAUUUUCACCUUAGGUUGUUCCGAUAACAAAUGGAAAUGCAUUCCUGGUCCAUUCAAAGUGCCAUUUGAGCGCCCUUUUAAUCUUGAUACAUUUCGUUGGAGUGACCCUGUGUCAAUACAUGGGCAGGUUUUGCAUUGGUAUGUUAGUUCGAAGAAAUAUAUUAUUUCUAUGGAUGUGAAUGAUGAAACACCAAGGAAAACGUAUCUUCCAACUCUUGGAGAGGAGAUUGACAAGAAAAGAUAUUCUUUGUUGGAGAUGGGUGGAUAUCUUUCCGUUGUGUACAAUGUCUCUGAUAUACAAAUUGAUGUUUGGAUUUUGAAAGAUUUUGCUGCACAAGUUUGGUUCAAGAAACAUAGUAUUCUUGCAGGGUCAGUAAAUUGUACAACUUUAAAUAUUCCUUCAUUACCCAACAAAUGCAAACAUUCUUUGCCAGAUUUUCGCAAACUUGUUGCCCUGUCUAGUUUAAGGAAUGGUGAAGUAAUCAUGUUUAAGCAUAAGACUAACACGAAUUAUGGUUGCAUCUAUCUAUAUGACAUUAAGCACAUGGAGUUGAAAAGGUUUGCGUUGAAGAUCAGGGGUCAAUCGAAGGUCGUGCCUCACAGAAGCAGCCUCAUUUGUUGGAAAACUAAGAGUGAGUUGUUGCCUAGAGAAUACAUCUAG